AUGGCGUCUGGACAAGAAGCUGCCCUUCGGAAGCAGCAAGACUUGCAGUCACAGUACUCCAACUAUAAGAACACGCUCCAGUCGCUGGCACAGAAGGUGGGCGAAAUCGAACAAGAAAUAGAAGAACACAAGCUUGUGAUGGAAACACUCGAGCCCCUUCCUCAGGAUCGCAAAUGCUUCCGCCUAAUCAACGGGGUGCUGGUUGAGAGGACCGUGAAAGACGUCUCGCCAGCGCUCAAGACCAACUCAGAUGGGCUAAAGCAGGUCCUCGAGGAGUUGCUCAAACAAUACAAAGCCAAGCAAGAUGAAAUGGACAAGUGGAAGAGGAAAAACAACAUCCAGGUUGUGCAGAACCAGUGA